ACUUAAACUUCGCGGUUUUCUGUAAACCUUGAUUAUAUUUAUUUACCUAUCGAAUUAUUUUAUAAUAUAAAGUAACAAUGAAAGUCGUGUUAAGAUUGCCUUUUAGCAUUAAUUUCUUUAAAAUUUUAACCUAUAAGUAAUCAAGGUUGAACUACCCAUGGCUCUUUGUUAAGUAACAAUUUGGCAUAAAACAGUGUAUACAACGACAAAAUGAAUUUUCAAACUUAUUCCCACACUGGAUCGAUUAUGCAAAAAAUUGAGGAAUUGAGAGAAUGGCAGCAUCAGCAACAUGAAAAACUGCUACACCAACAGGAGGAACAGCGACUGCUGCUCAGUAAUGAGCAGCACCGGAUGUAUGAAGUUUUUGGACUUCAGAAUAUGGAUGCAUGUCAUGUGCAGUUAUCCAAAUCUACUAUAUCACCUCACUUCAAUAGUUCACCCAACAGAAAGAGUCAAGACUUCACCCCUGAAGAGGAUGAUUCUAAUAAUGACAAAGACGAGUUUCCUUCAGAUCUGAGUGCCAGAGAGACAGGAAAUUAUAAUCCGUAUACAAAUCCCAUUCUUCAGACUGUAAUGAAAGACAACUCUAAAGAGAGACACACUUUGGAUGAGACACCUGUUGCAUCUCUAAAUAAAGAUUUUCAUCAGCUUCUGCAAGAAAAAUUGGAACAGUAUGGUGGUGGGGAUAAUAAUCAUUCUGCUUUUGAAGAUAAACAGCAUAAACCAAAAAGAAAAUUUCUAAGGAAAGGAGAAGGUCUUGCAAGAUUCCGUAUGAAGCCAACUCUGCUUCAUUCUCAGAAAAAUAGCAAUGGUAUGGAUAAGAUCAAGAGGACUUUAAUUACAAACCAGCCUAAUCGCAGUGCCACUAAAUUGAGUAAUCAAAGCGACAAGUCCAGGAAAAAUGCUUCUUCGUCUGUGACAAACACUAACAAAAGCAACGUAAAGGAAAAACGGUCAAAAAAUUGUGUUGCAAGUGAUAAAAGUCAUACAGCUGGAUUGUCAAAGACUUCAAAAUCUUGGUAUCCAAAAAGUGCAGUGCCAAAGUUAACUCUAAAAACCAGAGAAGCACUACCAUCAAUAGCUACAUGGGCAGAUGUUCUACAAAACCAACAAGGCCCAAAAUUGCAGUCACUAGAUGCAGAUCCUAAAGUACAGCAAAGGACGGAUUUACCCCAAAGUAGCCCAGCAAUGGAUUCUAUAGAAAUUUCAUUUCUGGAAAAAGUUAAAGAUGCUGAUAAAAAAAGUAAGAAAGAAGUAGAAGAGUUAAAAAUAUUUGAACUCCUAGAACAACAUGCAGCUAAUUCCAGUUUCUGUUCAACCUCCUCAUUAGUUGCACGUCUGAUGGAGGGUCCUAUAAAUUCAACACCAGUGAAGAAUCAUCUACUUGGGGCUCCUCAAAAUUAUCAAAAUGAGAAAUGUACAGCAUCCCCACUUCAUUCAUAUUCUCGAAAAGGGCACAGCAAAAAAGACCAAAUGUUGUUGGGCAGUCUUCAGUUUCAUAACAAAAGUACUAGCUGUGGGUAUCUUCCUUAUGGCUUGGAUAAUGCAGACAAUGAAAAUCCUACUGACAAAGGUCUGACAAAUGAACUGAAAUUUGGUGCAUAUGAAAAGAACAGAAGUCCUAAAUUAACAGUAAGAAGCAGCAGUCACUGGAAAUCAGAUGAUGGAGAGAGAUGUUUGAACACAUCCAGCAACAGUAUAAGGAUGAAUAAUAGUGGUAACUCACCUUGUAAUAAACCCUUACAUGUCAGGUUUGCAGAGACAAAUGAAUACAAAUCUCUUAGUGAUGGUGAUACAUCAUUUUCAUCACAGAGUGAUACAAGCAUAAAUAUUGAUUAUGGUGAUGAUCAUGACAGUCACAAAUUGGAAAUUACAAACAAGAGAAGUAGAAAUAGCAAGCACUUCCAAGAUGACCAGGCAUGGAGUGAUGGCUGUAGUUGCACUAGCAGUGAAGAGAGCAGAUCACCCAACACAUCAUUCAGUACUACUUAUCAGUCAUUCACUAUGUUGCAGAGUCCCAAACCAUCAUCUCAACACCAAACAGUAAAUCAGCAUCAAGUGAUACACACAUUUCCAGUAGAUGUUGAAACAUCGGUAUAUAGUCCUUUAAACGACUGUGCUAAUACUCAUCCUCAUACUGAUGGCCAGGAUCAGACUGAUUUUGGAGCGACUACCCAGAGUAAAGGCAACAGUGAGAUUGUAUUCAAGAGCACUUUGCUUCGGACACGGUUGGAAGAACUUGAAAAGGAGAUUGAUAUUUUUCGCAAGGAAAAUGCAAAUUUGCAGAAGAUAAAAAGGAAGCAUGAAGAGGAUGUAACAAGAUUUAAUAAGGAUAAGAUUGAGCUGGAGAGGAAGAGGAAUGAAGAAAAGGAGAAAAUGGAAUCAUUCAUUCACGAGGAAAGAAAAAAAUUGAAUAAAGAAAGAUCUGUAUUUGAGAAAUACUGUAAGGAUUUAAGGAAUCAGCCUACAAAGCAGGAGAGAGAGGAGAUACAAACUCUAAAGCAACAGCUGGCAGACUUACAAAUGGAGAUGCACAAGAAAGAUAGCAGGUGGAGUGCUGCUCAGAUUCGAACAAGAAAUCGGCUAAAGCAACUUGAACAAGAAAAUGCCCAGCUUAAGAAUGAAGUUGAAAAACUCAAAAAAGAAAAAAGUCAAAUAAAAAUGGUGAAAUCCAACACAAGAAGAAAUCAUGGAGUGUCUACAGCCAAGAUACUUCAUGCUGUCAAUGAUCAUAUUACAAAAAUCAAGCCUACUGACUUGGAAGAUUCCAUCGUAGUCCAUGAUGUUGUAUCUACAAAGAAGAUAUCAGAAUCUGUUCUUCAAAAACAAAACAGUCUACAGCAUAGACAAGCUAAAGCCAAACAGCCAAGUGCUAAGAUUAAUGAAUGGGGGAAUAUGUGUAAUAAAGUGUACCAUGCAUAUCCGAUCAUUCCAGAUCUUAACCCUCUGCCUUCUGCAGAAAAAUUACUUGAAAUUCAUGAAGACGGAACUUCAAAAAAUAUUGUCAUAAACCACAGAACUGCUAACAAUUCCCAUCAGAACAACAAAGCUACUGUUGCAAAUGAACUUACAGUUUGUCAUACCCCUUUAGAUAUUGUUUCAUCUUCAUCUGAAGAUGAUGACAUCAAAAAAACCAAUGGAACAACAAGAGAUGUGCCAGUGGACAAUAACAAAAUUCACAUGGCUAUAUAUGAGGCAUUUUAUCCUGGAAAUAGAUCUGAUACAAACAGUGUUUCCAAACAUGUUCCUUCACAACAGUUGCACCCUGUACAAAAUGAUAAUGGAGAAGAAGCCAAUCAUAAUUAUGACAACAAAUAUGAACAAAGUACAAAGAAUGGAGUCCCAGAUCAUUUUAGUAGUACAGAUUCUGAACAGGAGAAUUCGUCACUUUCGUUAUCCGUACACACUUCUAAUACAUCACAACAGUGCAAGACAUCAUCUACACAAAAUUCCAGUGCAAUAUCAAAACCAUCUGAAGGUAGAGAAAAAGUCUAUCCAGAUGGAAGAAAAGAGAUCUGGUAUCCCAAUGGUAACCUAAAAAAGACAUCAGCUGAUGGAUCUCUCACAAAGAUGAUUUAUUACAAUGGUGAUGUGAAGGAAACACUCAGUGAUGGAACAGUGAAAUACUUCUAUGCUGAAACAAGGAUAUGGCACACAACUUAUGCAUAUGGCUUGGAAAUACUUGAAUUUCCAGAGGGACAGACUGAGCGGCAUCAGAAAGAUGGAACAAAAGAAGUCACAUAUCCAAAUGGAUCGGUGAGGACAUGUUUUCCUGAUGGUUGUGAGGAAUGGAUUUUCCAGGAUGGUUUGGUGGUUAAGACAGACCCCAGUCUUGAUGAAAGGGUUUUACUCCUGCCAAAUGGACAAAGGGAAGUGCAUUACAAAGGAGAAAUGCGCCGUGAGUAUCCAGAUGGAACUGUGAAGACUGUGUAUGCCGAUGGGAAACUGGAAACAAGAUAUGCAAAUGGAAGAAUUAGAGUAAGGGACAGUGAUGGAAAUCUUAUUAUGGAUUCAAUAAUACAAAGAUUAUAACAAAACUAAUCAUGCAAACUAUAAUUAAAUUGUAUAUGUAGUUUUUUAAGUUUUGACUGAAUUGUAUGUUCAAAAGUAUUUGUGACAAGAAGCAUUUAAGUUGUAAUAUAAUAUUUGACACAUAGCUGUUACAUAGAAUAAUUCAUGAACCUACUGUUGUAAAUGAAAAAGAAUAUCAAAUACCUUCUUGCUAUCUAUAAGUGGUAACUGCAGUGGUUCCUAUUAACAGUCAACAUUU